GUCUGUGAAUUGGAUAUUUAUUAUCUUACUCAAUUUUCUCUCUCUCUCUCUCUUUCUUUUUCUUUAAUAUGCAUUUACUUACUUACUAGUCUUAAUGUAUAAAAACGAAAGACAGAGCAGAGCAGACCACAUUAUAAGGUUCAUACAUAUCAUGUGAGCUUUUCAUUUUUAGGGUGUGCUUAAAUUUUGUUGUCAGACCAAAAAAAAAAAUUAAAAGAAAAAGGAAAAGGUUUUUUGGUCUGUUGGGUUUCUUCUAUCUAUUGUUUUACUGUGCUUUAGUAUAUAGUAGCUUUGUGUAGUAAUAUUAGUAAUAAAUUCGAUUUGGCUGUAGUCCACUCUCUUUUUUUAUAUAAAUAUAUAUAUAGAACAGUUAUAUAGCGUUUAUGAAUAUAUGUAUAAAGCUUUUUUUCUGUUCUGGUUCUCCUCUUACGUGUUUAGCUUGCUUUCUUAUUAAUUGUUAAUAAUUAGAGGAGAGUUCGUUAGAGUAGUGGUGGGUCAAGUGUUGUUGAGUUUAUUCUUCUUCUUCUUCUUCUUAUCAUUACUAUAUAUACAAAUUUAAUUUCUUGGUAGGGCUUUUCUUAAAGGGGGUGUACAUAUAUAUAUAUUAUAUAUAUAUGGGUAGUGGUGGUUUUUCUUCUGGUUCUUCUUCAAUGGCGUCUUUAAUGGAAAAUGGAGACCACGUGCCUCACGUGUUGGCCGUAGAUGACAAUAUUAUUGACCGCAAACUCAUUGAAAAGCUUCUCCAGAAAUCCUCUUGCAAAGUAACAACUGCAGAAAAUGGGCCUAGGGCUUUGGAGUUCUUGGGCCUAGGAGAUCAUGAUAGACUAAACUCCCUGGAAGGCAAUAUCUCAAAGGUGAACUUGAUAAUUACAGAUUAUUGUAUGCCAGGAAUGACCGGAUACGACUUACUUAAGAAAAUCAAGGAAUCGUCAGUGAUGAAGGAGGUGCCUGUGGUUAUUAUGUCAUCUGAAAAUGUCCCAACUCGUAUUAACAAGUGCUUAGAGGAAGGAGCUCAAAUGUUCAUGUUAAAGCCCCUAAAGCAAUCUGACAUAAAGAGACUGAGAUGUCAUUUGGUGAAUUCCAGAGGCUAAAAUUGAACCACCUCACAAACUGGAAACCAUAGGAAUUUGCUUUACGUUCUCAUUAUCUUUCUGCUAGACUUUUUAAUUUUAGACUUUUUACCUCAAACUUUUUAUGUGUAUUAAGAAUUUAAUUAUUAAUCUCACACAUUUUUUUUUUGCCA